AUGUCUUCGAACAACGCCACGAGCGAAGCCGCUGGCAUCGCGGAAGUCCCCGCUCAGGCGAACAACCCAGUUGAAUUGGUUGCUGAUGAGGCGACGGAUGACAGCUCCUCGGAGGUGGGAGUUAGCGUCGCAUCGUCGAGCGUUAGUCUGAGUGACUCGAUUCGCGACUUCCGUAUCGAGAAUGGCCGUACAUACCAUAAAUACAAAGACGGACGCUAUAUUGCUCCAAAUGACGACAAAGAAAAUGAGAGACUAGACUUGCAACACCAUCUUUGUCUUCUUACCAUCGAUAACCGCCUGGGACUCGCGCCUCCCAAUGAUUCCGACUCAAAGGUCAAGCGCGUCCUUGAUGUUGGCACUGGGACCGGUAUUUGGGCCAUCGACUUUGGAGACGAACAUCCGGAUGCCGAGGUUAUUGGUUUCGAUCUCUCGCCAACAAUGUCAGACUUUGUGCCUCCCAACGUGAAGUUCGAAAUUGAUGAUCUCGACGAGGAGUGGAACUGGUCGCAACCGUUCGACUACAUCCACAGCCGAUUCAUGAACGGGUCUAUUGGCAAUUGGAAAACCUUCGCAAAGAAGAUAUUCAAUAACCUCACCCCAGGUGGAUAUGUCGAAUUGGUUGAGUUAGACCUGUGGGCAUGCUCCGACGAUGGUACACUAAAAUCGGACUCCGCCAUGAUGAGGUGUAUUAAAAUGUUGGAAGAGGCGUCCGACAUUUUCGGGCGACCUUACCAGCAGAUCCCGCCUCUCGUGAAGGUUUUUGAGGAUGCCGGCUUCGUCGACGUCAAAAUGGCCGUGCAUAAGUGGCCGACGAACCCUUGGCCGAAGGAUCCCGAAUAUAAGGCGCUAGGCAUGUGGGCUCACGACAACUUCGAUACUGCAUUUGAGUCGUUCACCAUGGCGCCGUUGACCAGAGCGCAUGGGUGGACAAAGGAGGAGGUCCAAAUCUUGCUGAUGGAAGUGCGACAAGACCUGAGAAACAGAUCCAUCCACGCGUAUUGGCCGGUGUACAACAUCUACGGACGAAAGCCCUCCGAAAAGGAACAAGUCUAG